GAGUACUAUUUCUCCUUGGACCCUACGGCCUCCGAUGAUCCUCAGUUCUACUUCAACUACUCCACCAACCCGGCCAAAACUCCAUGGCAACAUGUGGAAACAGAAGUGCUUCCACCUUGCGCACUUCCAGCUCAGAUCCAGCAAGCCGCCGGGUCUGGAAUGUUGUGGAGGUUGGUUGGUGGGGAGCAGUCUUUGGUAAAGGCUGCGUUGGCGCAUGGCAUUGUGUUCCAGAAUGUGAAGCAGAUUGACCAAGUCAUCCGCAACAAUUCUGUACCUUUGCCGAAGACCGGAUCGGGGUCUUCAGGUGGGCUUCUCAGAGCAGACAAGUGCAAAGCAUUGGUGGACUUCUUCUUCGCUGAUGCAUCUCAAGAGUACAGGGAUGCAUUGACUGCCAAACUUGCAGGAGGUUCAGUAGUGAAGCUGGACAGCAAAGAGUGUCCAGAUGACAUUUUCGAAUACUUGGCCCAACUCGACCAGGACAACAUGGGUGCAUUUCAGAGAGUCAAAGAGAUGGCUGAGACAUUGAAACAAGACAGGGAGAAAGAAAUGAAGGCGAAAGACAAGAAGGACAAAAUCAAGGAGAAGGAUUCUGGCACGCCACCUCCAGAACCAAAUCCAGCUCCAGCAGAACCCGAGAAACCUGAGAAGGAGCACAUCUUUGUGGAGAAGGCAGCUCCAAAAGUUGCGCACGAAGGAAGCAGCAGGACAUGGAGCACAAUCACCCCAGCAGAAUUGCGAUGCCUCUUGCCGGGCAAGAACACUCUCCCCUAUGUCUACCUGAAGAUGCACAAGAACAG